CCUCUCCAGUUUUUGAACACACCGUUGUGAGCAAGACAAGACAAAUCGCUAGAAGGAGCAAACGCGCUCGGUACCCAGCAGCAAGACACCUCCGCUAGGGUUUUCCCCCGCCGACCAGGCAUUGCGGAGGCAGCAAGCCACGCCACAGCGAGCCGUAACGGGACCUCGGCGUCGGCGGGGCGCCACCACCGGCGGCGUCGGCUGAUUUUGAUGGUGGGUUGCGCUGCUGGGGCUCAGAUCUGAGAUAUGGCCGACGGCGGGGGCGAGGAGGGGAAUGCUUCGGCGCACAAGGGCUCCGCGCGCCGCCGGGGCCCGGUGCCGGCGGGCCUGGACGCGGACGACCUCCUCACACUCAUGCACGGGUCGGAUCCCGUCAAGGUCGAGCUCAACCGGCUUGAGAAUGAAGUCAGGGAUAAGGAUAGGGAGCUGGGCGAGGCGCACGCGGAGAUAAAGGCGCUGCGGCUGUCGGAGAGGGCACGGGAGAAGGCCGUCGAGGAGCUCACUGCUGAAUUAGAGAAGGUGGAUGAGAAACUCAAGUUGACAGAAUCUCUCCUUGAAAGCAAAAACCUAGAACUGAAGAAAACAAAUGAUGAAAAAAAGGCUGCUUUGGCUGCCCAGUUUGCAGCUGAAGCAACACUACGAAGAGUACAUGCAGCUCAGAAAGACGAUGACAUGCCACCUAUUGAAGCCAUCCUUGCGCCACUUGAAGCAGAGUUAAAGCUUUCUAGGAAGGAGAUCGCAAAGCUCCAGGAUGACAAUAGAGCUUUGGACCGUUUAACAAAGCAAAAGGAGGCAGCACUGCUAGAAGCGGAAAGGACUGUACAAAUCGCAAUGGCUAAAGCUGCUAUGGUUGAUGACAUGCAAAAUAAGAACCAAGAGCUGAUGAAGCAAAUUGAAAUUUGCCAGGAAGAAAAUAAGAUCUUGGAUAGGCUGCACCGCCAAAAAGUUGCGGAAGUAGAAAAGCUGAGUCAAACUGUGAGAGAGCUGGAAGAGGAUGUUCUGCAAGGUGGUGCAACUGCCAAUGUUGUUAGAGAUUACCAACGGAAAGUUCAAGAAAUGAAUGAAGAAAAGAAAAUUCGUGAUCGUGAACUUGCUCGAGCAAAAGUUACUGCAAAUAGGGUUGCUGUUGUGGUCGCAAAUGAGUGGAAAGAUGCUAAUGACAAAGUAAUGCCUGUUAAACAGUGGCUUGAAGAGCGAAGGUUCCUGCAGGGUGAGAUGCAGCAACUUCGGGACAAACUUGCUAUUGCCGAGAGAACUGCUCGAUCGGAAGCUCAAUUAAAGGAAAAGCUUCAGUUGCGCUUAAAAGUUUUAGAAGAAGGUUUGAGGGGCCCUCCAAGUGGUUCUAGUCGUCCUCCUAUGGAAGGAAAGAGUUUAAGUAAUGGACCUCCCCGUCGACUUUCACUAGGUGGUGUUGACAGUAUCUCCAAAAUCUCUCCGAACGGUGUGUUAAUGAGGAGGUCUCCGUCUUUCAAUUCAAGAUCCUCCCUCUCUACCAGCAGUUGUUUGGUCCUGAAGCAUGCAAAAGGAACUUCAAAGUCAUUCGAUGGUGGUACCAGAUCAUUAGACCGAGGAAAAGUUCUCGGGAGUGGGCCUCAUUCACUCAAUAGAUCUACGGAUGCGGUUAAAGAUUGUGAAACGGCUGACAAUUGGAAGGCUAAUGCAGAAGAAAAAAGUAAUGAAAUCACAAACAAUGAUUCAGCUGAUAUGGUCUCUGGCGUACUCUAUGACGUGCUGCAAAAGGAGGUAGUUUCCUUGAGAAAGGCAUGCCAUGAGAAAGACCAAACUCUAAAGGACAAAGAAGAUGCAAUAGAGAUGCUAGCAAAGAAAGUAGAUACAUUACAUAAAGCAAAGGAAGUGGAGGCUAAAAAGAAGAGGCAAGAGAUAGCUGCUCUGGAGAAAAAAUUUGCUGCAGUGUGCCUUGAACAAGAACGACUUGGUAAUUUGAGAGGACCUGGAACUUCUCAGACGGUUUCAGGAAGAACUGCAUCGCGGGGUGGAUUGACGCGCAACCUCCAAUAGCAUACAUCUAACUUCAGGCAGGCAUGGAAUUCGUCGAUAGGCUUCAUUUCCAUUGUAUUUCUUCCCCUGUUCUUAUUCGUUUUGUGAUCAAAUAGCACAGAUGACCCUGCGAUACCUAGACGGGGGGAAAAGAGUAGGUUUUCAUCUGACAUGACUUGCUUUUAAUGUAGUGAAGGUAUAUCCUUCAGUGGGUGAGGUUUAACCUUGCGGCAUGCCCUCAUUUUGUCGAGGCAGUGCUGUGGUGGUUGUAUAGGUUGGAUGAUCCUGUGCCUUUCUAUAUGUAGUGGAGCUAGUGUGUUUGUGUUGCAUGUCCGGGUUGUGAAUAUGUCAUUGUAGUAUUCUGCUGUGGUUUCUCCUUUCUACCCGAUUUGUUUGCCCUUGGUGGUUC